GUUGCAAAGCCUUUUCUUGUCGGCGGGACUCCUGGGGGCAGCGGGGCGGGAGGCAUCAGAGGGGAGGAAGAGAGGGAGGGGAAGGAGGGAGGCAGUGCCGCCUUUUUUUUUUUUCUUGCAUCAAUUUUUUUAAAUUUGCAAAUUACAUUUUGCAAACAUUUGGGGAGACCUUGAUUUUUCUCCCCGUGCUCCCCCGUUCUUCCCUGUGGAGUGCGCUGCGCCGCCCAGUCCUGUCGCCCCCCGGAGGUGAUCCCUCCCUCCUGCCUGCCCGCCAGCCUGACCUGUGCCCGGUUUGCGGGCCGCAGUCUCGGCCCCGGCGCGCCCCCGGCAGCUUUCGGCGCGAUGAGCAUAGAGACGUUACUGGAGGCGGCCCGCUUCCUGGAAUGGCAAGCGCAGCAACAACAGAGAGCACGUGAGGAGCAGGAGCGGCUUCGCUUGGAGCGGGAGCGUGAGCAGCAGCAGCAGCAGCAGCAGCAGCAGCAGGCCAGCAGCCUGGCCAGGCUGGCCCACGCCCUGCCGCUGGAGGAGCCCCGCAUCGAGGCGCCGCCCCUGCCUCUGUCGCCGCCCGCACCCCCGCCGGCACCCCCGCCCCCGCUGGCCACCCCCACCCCACUGACUGUCAUCCCUAUUCCUGUAGUGACCAGCUCUCCUCAGCCUCUGCCCCCGCCCCCGCCUCUGCCCCUGGCACCUCGCCAGCCGGCUCUGGUUAGCGCCCCUGGACUCAGCAUUAAGGAGUCGGCCCCUCUUCCCACCAGGCCGCAGGGGCCCACUCCUGCUCCUCUACUGCCGGACUCCAAGGCCACCGUUCCACCCACUGGCAGCCCCAAGCCUUUGCAGCCCAUCCCCACACCCAUCCUGACCAUCGCCCCACACCCUGGAGUCCAGCCCCAGCUGGCCCCCCAGCAGCCACCCCCAUCCACUCUUGGGACCCUGAAGCUGGCACCCGCUGAAGAAGUCAAAUCCGGCGAACAGAAGAGGAGGCCUGGGGGAAUCGGAACCAGAGAAGUCCACAACAAGCUGGAGAAGAACAGGAGGGCCCACUUGAAGGAGUGCUUUGAGACCCUGAAGCGCAACAUCCCCAACGUGGAUGACAAGAAGACAUCGAAUCUGAGCGUGUUGCGCACGGCGCUGCGGUACAUUCAGUCCCUGAAGAGGAAGGAGAAAGAAUAUGAACACGAGAUGGAGCGUCUGGCGCGGGAAAAGAUUGCCACGCAGCAGCGGCUGGCGGAGCUCAAGCACGAGCUGAGCCAGUGGAUGGACGUGCUGGAGAUCGACCGCGUGCUCAGGCAGACGGGCCAGCCUGAUGACGACCAGGCCUCCACCUCCACUGCUUCUGAGGGCGAGGACAACAUAGACGAGGAUAUGGAGGAGGACCAGGCUGGCCUGGGCCCACCUAAGCUGAGCCAUCGCCCCCGCCCGGAGCCGCCGAAGCCACCGCCCAGCACCGUGCCCGCACCUCUGCCUCCCCACCCCCAGCCUGUGGCCCUGUCUCCUGCCCACCUCCCCGGGCAGCAGCCGCCACCGCCACAGCAGAAGACACCUCUGCCAGCCCCUCCCCCUCCCCCAGCUGCCCCGGCCCAAACGCUGGUGCCCGCUUCAGCCCAUCUGGUGGCUGCGGCUGGGGGAGGCUCCACGGUCAUUGCCCACACCGCCACCACCCACGCCUCAGUCAUCCAGACUGUGAACCAUGUUCUGCAGGGGCCGGGUGGCAAGCACAUCGCCCACAUUGCCCCUUCGGCCCCUAGCCCCGCUGUGCAGCUGGCACCCGCCACACCCCCCAUUGGCCACAUCACGGUGCACCCUGCCGCCCUCAACCACGUGGCCCACCUUGGCUCCCAGCUGCCCCUGUACCCGCAGCCCGUGGCGGUGAGCCAGCCCGUGGCGGUGAGCCACAUCGCCCACACCCUCUCACACCAGCAAGUGAAUGGCACGGCCGGGCUGGGGCCCCCGGCCACAGUCAUGGCGAAGCCAGCCGUAGGGGCUCAGGUGGUGCACCACCCCCAGCUGGUAGGCCAGACAGUGCUCAACCCUGUGACCAUGGUCACCAUGCCCUCCUUCCCGGUCAGCACACUCAAGCUGGCUUGAGGAUGAGGCCACUCAGAGGCCCCCUGUGGGGGCAGGGAGGGAGACCUGUCCCCCACUCUCCCACCCACCAGCUCCACACAUUCCAGCCAGGCCCAGGCCCGCCCCACCCAUACCCACCCCCAGGCCUCCUAGGGGAAGGGGGUGCAGAGACUCUGAGCCAGGGGAGGGAGGGGCCUCCCCAGGGAGCUGGGCACAGGGCAGGGGGUCAGCCCACUGCACUAGGACUUGACAAAGUGAUGAGAGACACUCUGGCAACUGUGCCGCCUGUCCAGCCUGGUGCCAGCUCCAGUGCCGUUCCCCCCACCCCUCCCGGAACCGUGCGAUGUGGACGUCGUGCUCUCCCGCUCCAGUGCCGUCCCCCCCACCACCAUGCGAUGUGGGCGUCGUGCUCUCCCGUUCCAGUGCCGUCCGCCCCCCGUCCCUCCCCCCGGAACCCUGCGAUGUGGACGUCGUGCUCUCCCGCUUCCCCUGCCCUGCCAGCCUUCCUGUGCUGCUGCUGCUGCUAUUGCUCUGUCUGGUGAGAUGGCUGAGCGCCCGGGCCCUCCCCUCCCAAACCUCAGCUUUCUCUUCCCUGGGUUCUGGAGGGGAAAGGGGGGAAGCAGAACUGAAGCAACUUGGCCUGGAAAGCUGGGGAUUGAGGGGGGCCCUGCUCUGAGUACAGGUGACAGAUCCUAGGAUGUGGCUUGUGUAGAGUCCCACAGAUUCCAGACAGGUGGGUGCCCCAGCUUGGAGCUCUCCAACCUGGUUGCAGUCAUUGUGACUCAGCACAACAAACGUAAAGACAAUUCUCUACUAAUAGUAAACCAAACCCAAGCCCUUGCCAAGCUUCCCAAGCCCCUCAACCCUUGCCACUGGGCUCCUGUCUUCAGGAAGGCAGGCUGAGGGUGGGGGCGGGGAAGGAGGAGCUUGGCUGUCUCCUCCUGCCCCCCACCCCUUGACCUCCAGCCAGGUCUGGACUAAGAGGAGGGUACUCUGGACCCUGUCCGCAUCCCUGGACUUGACUCUUGGCUUUCAGAAAGUAGAGAGGAGGUCUGGCCUCUGGUACUGUGCACUCCCUGGAGGGAUGAGUACACCUGGAUGCCUCCUUGCUGCCUUGGAGACGGACCAGUGUCUGGUCUGGGUUCCAGGAGCUGGAAGCCACACUGUUGAGGUAAUCAGGAAGUUAAAAUCCAGGGGCUUGGCCCUGGGGACUUGUGGGGAGGGAGCAUGGCCAGACCCGGGAGGACUGUUGCUUCUGACCCAGGUUCUCCGUCUCUGGCACCAUCUUUCUUUCCUCUGAAUGUCCCCCUUUCUCCAGCGGGCUGUUCUGAGCCUGCCCUCCCCAGUGGGGGCUGCUGUGUGCCACCACCUUCCUGUGAGGAAAGGUCCUCAGCUGGGCCAAGGGUGGGGCUGAGCUUGGGGUGAGGAGGAGCAAGGGGGCCUGUGUGUAGGGGACAGUUUUCCCUGCCUUCACCUCAGCAGACUGCUUUGGCUUCUUUUAUGUGCAUACUUACUACAAGUGGCCUUGUGUCAGACACACUCAGUUACACAUGUGCACACUUGGCUCCCCACCUGGACACACUCACCAAUGGCCUUUCAGAGUGUCUGUGGAGGGGGAAGCCAGUGUUCCUGGGUGUGAAGUUUGAAAUGACAGCCUGGGGAGGGGGACACUGAGGAGGCCAGCAAAAGUCUUGAAUAGAUUGAGCCACCUAAGAGCUCCCUUUCAGUUCCUUUUGGUCCUGGAGACCUCCCUGGGGACUGUUCCCUUGUCUCCCAGGGUGGGGAAAGGGAAGGCCUUCUGGACACCUCAGAGGUUUCUAGGAGGGCACCCUGUACCCCCACCCCCCAAUUGCGGCUCCCACCUCACACUUGCCGCCUUUCUGCACCUGCAACCACUGCCACUACCACCCUGUUUAGGGCGGAGCUGGUUUCACUCUUCCUGGUGUGAUUAUGUUGGAAAGAGCAAGAGGGAGAAGGGCAGGCCUGGCCCAGGAACAGUCAGAGAAGUACUGGCGAGCCGUCCUCCUCUCAGCUCUGCUCACCUUGAAACUGUCCUGUUAGCCAGUUGUCCCUCGGGCCUGCACAGAUACCUCAUCUGCCCGCGCCCCUGCCCCUCCCCGCCCCCACUGCAGCAGUGCGGGCCUCGGAAUCUAGUGCCGAAUGACUAUGUCCAGAUUGGUGACGAUGGGUGUUGUUGCUGUUGUUUUUGUUGUUUUCGUGAACGCUGUGACGCUGUGUGCCCAAGAGGGCAACCUCCACCCAGCCCUUCCUUGGGCAUCUCCCCUGAGAGCUGUCAGGACCACAUCUGUCCUCGCCCCGUGGGACCGCCUGCCCCUCCGCUCCCUAGCCCUUCCAGCCUGGGGGAUGCGUGCGCAUGUGCGCACGCACACAAACACACACACACACAUCUUACCUCUCAUGCGUGUUUUACUUUUUGAUGUUCAGAGUGGCUCACUGGCUGGGAGUCUUUACCUCGGGGAGAUGGGGAGGUUGGUUCCUUGGGCGGGGCGGGCAAAGAAGGGCAGGGAAUUCCUGGAAGGGAAUUAGGGGUCACCAUAACCCCUGCCCUUUCCAGGAACAGCUUCUUCUUCCCCCAUCCCAGAGUCCCACCCCCAUCCCCAAAAGAGGUGGCCCUUGUUUACAGUGAGGACUUGGUCACUGUGUCUCUGUUUCCUAAAAUAUAAAUCGUAGCAACCCCAGACUGUAGAGAUUUUUAUGUGUUUGGAUACAUCUGCUGUGUGGGAAAAAAACAAAAAAAACUACAAAAACCCUAAUUUUGUACAUAUUGUAUUUUUACUAUUGAAUUGUAUUCUAGUGGCUGUUCAUGCUCCAAGACAUUAGGUAUUGAGACAUGAAUACUAUCCAUGUAAUAAGCACUUGCCUGGAGUAAAAUAUAAAAUUGAAAUAAACCUGCACUGAAACCCGA